AUGAAGUUAACAAGUUUCUGCCAGAUAAUCUUGUUCGUUAUGCUCUAUAAUUCAUCAACCUUUGUGACUUCUCAAGAUUCAUGCUCCUCUAAAUUGCUGCAACUUCAGCUUCCUAUCCCUUUCGAUACAAGUUCACUCCUCUGCAGUUCUGUUUGGCCUGCUCACAGUUUCAUCCUUAGAUAUGCUAAGGCUUCAUCAGAUGUGUGGAGUUUCAUAUUUUCAUUCCCAUUAGACCCAAAAGCUUAUGCAGCAAUAGGGUUCUCGAAAGAUGGAAGCAUGGUGGGUUCUAGUGCAAUUGUGGGGUGGAUGCCAUCACCAGGUGCUGGGGGCAUGAAAUAUUACUAUCUGGGUGGAAAAUCAGAAGAUGAAGUGAUUAAAGACAGAAGUGAUCUUUAUAUUAUGAAUGCAUCAUUUGUUCCAGCAACUGAUUCACUUGGUUACUUAAUCUUCCAAUUGAAGACCACACAACCUUCUACCGAUCUCAUAUUUGCCAUUGGACCCAAUGGCCAGUUUCCUGAUUAUCCACGCUAUGACUUGCCCAAACAUAUUGAUCAGACAUCAAUAACCAUUGAUUAUUCAAAAGGAGGUUCAACUAGAAGCAAUUCUAACCUAAAUCUUCGAAGAAGCCAUGGAGUUCUGAACAUAAUGGGAUGGAGCAUUCUAAUGAUAAUAGGAGCCAUAAUUGCUCGAUACUUCAAAGAAAGGGAUCCCAUGUGGUUUUAUCUGCAUGCUUCAAUUCAAGCAUUUGGGUUCCUUGCUGGCAUAUUUGGAGUUUUAUGUGGAUUGCUCUUAGCUAGGAAUCUCAAAGUCACACAUCACAAAAAUGUAGGAAUCCUCAUCAUCAUCCUUGGCUUCCUACAGGUGUUGGCCAUUAUAUUAAGACCAGGAAGAGAAUCAAAGAUAAGAAAGUACUGGAAUUGGUAUCAUCAUAAUGUGGGGAGGAUUUUGAUUAUCUUUGCAAUUCUUAACACAUUUUAUGGACUCCAUUUGGGAGGAGAAGGAUCUAAGUGGUUUCUUGCUUAUGGAGUGAGUAUUGGUAUCUUGGUGAUUGUGGUUGUGUUCUUGGAGAUAAGAAUGAGAAUGAUUGCAAGAAGAGAAACUAAGCCAUCUCCUCAAUCCCUGGAUAUGCCUUAUUAG